GGCUGCUCCUAGUUGGACUCGUAAGCAAAGAGGGGAAAACAUGGGCUAAGCACAGAAGGAUUAUUAACCCAGCAUUCAAUCUUGACCGAUUGAAGCACAUGAUACCGACAUUUUAUGAAAGUUGCAAUGAUAUGAUCAAAGAAUGGAAGAAGAUGGCCUCUGAGAAAGUAUCUGUGGAGUUGGAUGUAAGACCACAUCUUAUAAGUUUAACAUGUGAUAUGAUUGCUCGAACAUCAUUUGGAAGUUGCUAUGAAGAAGGACGAAGAAUUUUUCAACUGCUCCAUGAGCUAGGCAGUAUUACAGUACAAGCUGCGCAAUCAGUUUAUAUUCCAGGGUGGAGGUACAUGCCCACCAAGACAAACAAGAUGAUGAAGGCAGUUAACGAAAAAAUAAGGGUCUCACUUCAAGCAGUGAUAAACAUAAGAGAGAAGGCAAUGAAAGCGGGUGAGAUUGUUGCCAAUAAUGACUUGCUAGGGAUUCUUAUUGAGUCCAAUUUUAAAGAAAUUCGGGAGCAUGGUGAUGCUAAGAAUGUUGGGUUGAGUAGCAAUGAAAUCAUCGAUGAGUGCAAACUUUUCUACAUUGCUGGCCAUGAGAGCUCCUCAAACUUGCUUAUUUGGACAAUGGUUUUAUUGGCAAAGUACCCCGACUGGCAAGCUCGGGCAAGAGAAGAGGUUUUAAAUGUCUUCAGUGAUAAGAAGCCAGACCUGGAUACCUUAAAUCGUCUAACAAUUAUAACAAUGAUCUUGUACGAGGUACUGAGGUUGUACCCGCCAAUACCUACACUCGAACGAGCAGUUCACAAAGAAACAAAAUUGGGGAGCACCAUAUUACCAGGUGGAAUUCAUGUUUUGGUACCAGUGAUCCUGCUUCACCAUGAUCGAGAACUCUGGGGCGAGGAUGCAAGUGAAUUCAGGCCAGACAGAUUCGCAGAGGGAGUUGCAAAGGCAACAAAGAAUCAAAUGUCCUUUUUCCCUUUUGGAUGGGGUCCUAGAGUAUGCAUUGGACAAAACUAUGCUCUGACCGAAGCCAAAUUGAUUAUUGCAAUGAUUCUGCAGAACUUCUAUUUUGAGCUUUCCCCAACCUACACUCAUGCUCCCUGCGUCGUUAUGGCUCUUCAACCAAAUCCAAAUUUCGGUGCUCACAUUAUCUUACACAAACUCCAGCACUAAAGAUUCCAGUUACAGGGAUGCAAAGAUUGUCUCUUCUUCAGGCUUUGGCACUUUUAGAGGAUGGUCUUACCUCCGUUGCAUUAUUAUGUUGCUUGAAAUAAGAUCAUGUACUGACGUUAUAAAAAAGACUGUCAAUA